CCACCUGUCAGUGUAUAAGCCGCAGAGUUCUCAGGAAGCAGCACCUGUUCUUCCAUCUCUCUCUCUCUCCGUCAGUCAUGAGCUCCAACAACUUCAGCAGCCGUUCCGUGGGCUCUCAGCCCGGCGCCGGAGCUCAGAUACCCCGGCAGGGGAACUCGUACUUCGGCUUCGGGAACGUGUCUCCGGCCGCGGUCCCCAUCAAGCCUGUGUCCGUAAACACAAGCCUCCUGACCCCCGUCGAUCUUCAGCUGGACCCUGACCUGCAGUCUGUGAGGAUCCAGGAGAAAGAAGAGAUCAAAACUCUCAACAACCGCUUUGCCUCCUUCAUCGACAAGGUGAUCUAUCUAUCUAUCUAUCUAUCUAUCUAUCUA